GUGUCAUCAAGCGGCGCAUGCGAAAACAAAAAGUAGAACCAAAAAAGCGCGGCGCCAGACUGAGAGCGUCGUUGCACGGCCGGUGCUGCGGAUUGACCUCGCCGAGUGUCGCCAUUUUUCGGUGAUCAAUACCGGUGAUCCCCUGGCAGGCUGAAGCCACCAGACGCAGGGAGCCAUGGAUGUCCAACCAAGGGACAUCAAGAUUUUGGAAACGGUGGAUGACAUCCAGGAGAGGCGUGAGCAGGUCCUGGGUCGUUAUUCCCAGUUCAAAAGUGAGGCCCGCCACAAAAGGGAUCGACUCGAGGAGUCUCGCCGCUUCCAGUACUUCAAGCGCGAUGCUGACGAGCUCGAGUCUUGGAUUCACGAGAAACUGCAGGCAGCCUCGGACGAGAGCUACAAGGAUGCAACAAAUCUUCAGGCGAAAAUUCAGAAGCAUCAAGCUUUCGAAGCAGAAGUUGCUGCUCAUGGCAACGCCAUCGUGGUACUCGACAAUACAGGAAUGGAAAUGAUUGGCUAUGGUCAUUUCGAAUCGGAAAAGAUCAAGCAAUGCCUUGAUGAGCUUCAUCGGCUCUGGGAGCUUCUCCUGAGAAAAUUGGCAGACAAGGGACAGAAGCUGCAGCAAGCAUUGGUAUUGGUCCAGUUUCUGCGCCAUUGUGACGAAGUCAUGUUCUGGAUCAACGACAAGGAAACGUUCGUGAUGGCUGAUGAGUUCGGUCAGGACUUGGAGCACGUUGAAGUCCUUCAACGCAAGUUUGACGAAUUCCAAAAGGACAUGGCCAGCCAGGAGUUCAGAGUGACUGAAGUGAACGAACAGGCGGAGAAGCUGAUCAACGAUGACCACCCCGAACGAGAAACGAUCAGAAAAAGGCGAGAGGAGCUAAAUGAGGCUUGGAACAAAUUGAAGUCCCUCACUUUGCUGCGGCAGGAGAGGCUGUUUGGCGCGCACGAGAUCCAGCGCUUCAACAGAGAUGCUGACGAGACAAUUACAUGGAUAACCGAGAAAGAUGUAGUGCUGUCAUCUGAUGAUUAUGGCCGGGACCUGGUGAGCGUGCAGACUCUCCAGCGCAAGCAUGAGGGCAUCGAGAGAGACCUUGCUGCCUUGGAAGACAAGGUGAUGACCUUGGGCCAAGAAGCUGACAGGCUCUGCAGCAUACACAGUGACCAUGGGAAUCAGAUAAGGGGAAAACAUGCUGAAAUCAUGGCCACUUGGGAGAUGCUCAAGAGAAAGGCCCAAGAAAGACGGCGACGUCUGGACGAGUCUUACCUGCUGCACCGUUUUCUGGCAGAUUUCAGAGACCUUGUGUCAUGGAUUCAUGACAUGAAUGCCAUUAUUUCAGCAGAUGAAUUGGCUAAGGAUGUUGCUGGUGCGGAAGCCUUGCUGGAACGUCACCAGGAGCACAAGGGUGAAAUUGAUGCCAGAGAGGACAGCUUCCGUUCAACUGCUGAAGCUGGGCAGAUCCUGCUAGACCAGAAACACUAUGCUGUUGAUGAGGUAAAAGAGAAGUUGGGUGUCCUGGAAAAUGAGAAGAGUGUCCUCUUGGCUCUUUGGGAAGAGCGGCGCAUCUUAUAUGAGCAGUGUAUGGAUCUGCAGCUGUUUUACCGGGACACAGAGCAAGCAGACACAUGGAUGGCUAAGCAGGAGGCCUUCCUUGCCAACCAAGACCUUGGGGACUCUCUUGAUUCGGUUGAAGCUUUGUUGAAGAAGCACGAAGAUUUUGAAAAAUCUCUCAAUGCACAGGAGGAGAAAAUCAAGGCGUUGGACGAGUUUGCAACCAAGCUCAUUGAAGGGCAGCAUUAUGCCGCAGAUGAUGUUGCUCAGAGGAGAGCUGCUCUUUUGGAGCGAAGGAAUGCGUUGCUUGAGCGCUCUCACACUCGCCAUACCAUGCUGGAGGAGUCGUAUCGUCUGCAGCAGUUUGAGCGGGACUGCGAUGAGACUAAGGGUUGGAUCAAUGAGAAGCUCAAGAUUGCCAUGGAUGAAAGCUAUCUGGAUCCCACCAACCUCAAUGGGAAAGUUCAGAAGCACCAGAACUUUAUUCAGGAGCUGAACGCCAACAGAAGUCGUGUGGAGGACAUCACAAGUACUGGACAGGAGCUGGUUGAUGCGAACCACUAUGCAUCAGACCGUAUCAGCCAGCGCAUGGAAGAAAUCAUUACCCUGUGGCAGUCUCUGAGCAAGGCUGCGGACACCAAGGGAACGAAGCUGAGUGAGGCUUCAGCUCAACAGCAGUUCAACAGAGGAGUUGAAGACAUUGAGCUUUGGCUGUCCGAGGUUGAAGGACAACUUAUGUCCGAAGACUGUGGCAAGGACCUUACAAGUGUUCAGAACCUUCUGAAGAAGCAUGCACUUCUGGAAACUGAUGUCGCUUCUCAUUCCGAUCGUGUGGAUGGCGUGAUGAUCCAGGCACAGCAGUUUGCAGACAAGGGCCACUUCGAUGCACCAGCCAUCAUGGCCAAAAAGGCAGCCCUUGUGGACCGAUACAAUGCACUGCAGGCACCCAUGGCGACGCGACGCCAGAAGCUGCAAGACUCCUUGCGCGUGCAGCAACUGUUCCGUGAUAUUGAAGAUGAAGAAGCCUGGAUUCGCGAGAAAGAGCCCAUUGCUGCUUCCACUAAUAGAGGACGUGACUUGAUUGGAGUGCAGAACCUUAUCAAGAAGCACCAGGCAGUGCUUGCAGAAAUCAACAAUCAUGAGAACCGCGUUCGCAGUGUCUGUGAGGCCGGGGAGAACAUGGUGGCGGAUGGUCACUUUGCACAUGAUGAGAUUAACAAGCGGAUUCAGAACCUCAGUGAAAAAUGGCAGCAACUCAAAGACAAGGCCUUGCAACGGAAACGUGAUCUGGAAGACUCGCUCCAGGCUCACCAAUAUUUCGCUGAUGCCAACGAAGCAGAGUCAUGGAUGAAAGAGAAAGAGCCCAUUGUUGGCAGCCAGGACUAUGGCAAGGAUGAGGACUCUGCUGAGGCCCUUCUGAAAAAGCAUGAAGCCUUGAUGGCUGACUUGGAUGCAUUUGGCAACUCCGUGGAGGCCUUGAAAGAACAGGCUCAGCUGUGCAGGCAGCAAGAAGCCCCUAUUGUAGAUCAAGCAGGAAAGGAGUUUGUGAUGGCCUUGUACGACUACACUGAGAAGAGUCCCCGGGAGGUGUCCAUGAAGAAGAAUGAUGUGCUGGCAUUACUGAACAGCAACAACAAGGACUGGUGGAAGGUGGAGGUGAACGACCGGCAGGGCUUUGUGCCAGCAGCCUAUGUGAAGAAGGUCGAGGCUGGCUUGUCGGCAAGCCAGCAGCACCUGGCAGAAGGCAACAGCAUCGGUGCACGCCAAGCACAGAUUGAAGCGCAGUAUGGCAACCUGAUGGCCCUGGGUCGCAGCCGCUGCGACAAGCUGGCUGAAUCCUUGCGUGCCUACCAGCUGGUGCGAGAGGCUGCCGAGCUCGCCCAGUGGAUCAAGGACAAGGAGCAAGUUGCUCAAGUUCAAGAAGUUGGUGAAGAUCUUGAACAGGUAGAGGUUCUGCAGAAGAAGUUUGAUGACUUCAUGUCGGACCUCAAAGGCAAUGAGGUGCGGUUGGGAGAGAUGAACAACAUUGCCAAUAAGCUUAUGACCUUGGGCCAGACGGAAGCUGCUGUCAAGAUUCAGACACAAAUCGAGGACCUGAACCAGAAGUGGCAGCACCUACAGGAGGUGACACAGGAGCGCGCUCAGCAACUAGGCUCUGCCCAUGAAGUGCAGCGCUUUCACCGUGAUGUGGAUGAGACGAAGGACUGGAUCCAAGAAAAGGAUGAGGCCUUGCUUGCAGACGACUGUGGCAAUGAUCUUCGCAGUGUCCAGACCCUUCAGCGCAAGCAUGAGGGCCUCGAGCGAGACUUGACUGCUCUGGGAGAUAGAAUUCACCAAUUAGAUGACACAGCAGCACGCUUGGUGAACACGCACCCAGAGUCUACGGAAGCCAUGAUUACCAAGAAGCAGGAGAUCAUUCAGGAGUGGACCCGGCUGACUGCCAAGGCCAAGGCACGCAAGGAGAAGCUGCUCGACUCCUACGACCUCCAGCGGUUUCUUGCUGACUACAGAGACCUGACAUCAUGGAUCAACAGCAUGAUGGCUUUAGUGUCCUCUGACGAGUUGGCAAAUGAUGUGACUGGUGCUGAAGCGCUCUUGGAACGACAUCUGACGUACCGCUCUGAAAUAGACGCCCGGUAUGGCAUACCUCAGGAGCACCGCACCGAAAUAGAUGCUCGUGCCGGAACUUUCCAGGCCUUCGAGAUGUUUGGACAACAACUGCUUCAGAAUGGCCACUAUGCCAGUGUUGAGAUUCAGCAGAAACUUGACAUGAUGACUGAAGCUCGUAAGGAAUUAGAAAAAGCUUGGAUUGCACGGCGAGUUAAGGUUGACCAGUGUCUGGAUCUCCAGCUCUUUUAUCGGGAUUGUGAGCAAGCUGAGAAUUGGAUGGCCAGCCGUGAAGCCUUCUUGGGAUCCGAUGAUAUGGGUGGAGACAAUGUGGAAGCCCUGAUCAAAAAACAUGAAGACUUUGAUAAGGCCAUCAGUGCACAGGAGGAGAAAAUAGCUGCUCUGGCUGCUCUUGCUGACAAGCUGGUGAGUUCUGACCAUUAUGCAGCCAAUGACAUCAAGGACAAGAAAGAUCAGGUGCUGAACAGAUGGAAGCACCUCAAGGAAGCCUUGAUUGAGAAGCGAUCCAAGCUUGGAGAGUCUCAGACCCUGCAGCAGUUCAGCAGAGAUGCUGAUGAGAUCGAAAACUGGAUUGCAGAGAAACUGCAAAUGGCAAUGGAUGAAUCCUACAAAGACCCAGCUAACAUUCAGAGCAAACACAAGAAGCACCAAGCAUUUGAAGCAGAGCUGGCUGCCAAUGCUGACCGUAUCCAAGCAGUUCUUGCCAUGGGUCAAAACCUCAUUGACAAGCGCAAGUGUGCUGGCUCUGAAGAUGCAGUGCAAGCCCGCCUUGGUUCUAUUGCGGACCAAUGGGAACACUUGACGACGAAGUCAUCGGAGAAGAGCAUGAAGCUCAAGGAGGCCAACAAGCAGAGAACAUUCAAUGCUGCUGUCAAGGACAUUGACUUCUGGCUUGGAGAGGUGGAGUCAUUGCUGAAAAGCGAGGACAGUGGCAAAGACCUAGCAUCAGUGCAGAACCUGACCAAAAAACACCAGUUGGUUGAAGCAGACAUCUUAGCCCAUGAAGACAGGGUCAAGGACCUGAAUGCGCUUGCGGACUCUUUGGUUGAAUCUGGCCAGUUCCAUUCGGGACCUAUCCAAGAAAAGCGGUCAUCAAUCAAUGAACGCUAUGAGCGGUUGCGCACAUUGGCUGCCUACCGCCGCUCCCAGCUGCAUGAGGCUAAUACCCUGCACCAAUUCUUCCGCGAUAUCGCAGAUGAAGAGUCCUGGAUCAAAGAAAAGAAGCUGUUGGUGGGCUCGGAUGACUAUGGCAGAGACCUGACUGGAGUGCAAAACCUGAGGAAAAAGCACAAGCGCUUAGAUUCUGAGCUUGGCGCCCAUGAGCCAGCUAUUCAGGCUGUCCAGGAAGCUGGCCACAAACUUAUGGCAGAGUCUAACUUGGGUGUGCCUGAGAUUGAACAGCGUUUACAGGCCCUAGAACUCUCAUGGCGUGAAUUGAAGCAGAUGGCCGGUGACCGUGGCCAUAAGCUGGACGAGUCGCUGGUGUAUCAGCAGUUCCUUGCUAAGGUGGAAGAGGAGGAGGCGUGGAUUACUGAAAAACAACAGCUCCUCUCUGUAGAAGACUGUGGAGACACCAUGGCUGCUGUACAGGGGUUGCUGAAGAAGCAUGAGGCAUUUGAGGCAGACUUUGCAGUGCACAGAGAGAGAUGUGGAGACACGGUGGCAGCUGGUCAAGGCCUAGUUCAGAAGGGAAAUCACCACAAGGAGAGCAUCCAGCAGCGGCUGGACCAGCUAGUACAGAGGCUCGAUGCCUUGGAGGCAAGUGCCGCCCGUCGUCGAGCCAAGCUCCAGGACAAUUCAGCCUACCUGCAGUUCAUGUGGAAGGCCGAUGUCGUCGAGAGCUGGAUUGCCGACAAAGAAGCCCACGUGCGCUCCGAAGACUUUGGUCGGGACCUCUCAUCUGUGCAAACUCUGCUUACAAAACAGGAAACCUUUGAUGCUGGCUUGGGAGCUUUUGAGCAAGAAGGCAUUCAGAGUAUAACACAGCUCAAAGACCAACUUGUUGCUGCUAAUCAUGAUCAGACAGCAGCCAUAAUGAGGCGACAUGAUGAUGUGCUUACUCGCUGGAAUAAUUUACUGGCAGCUUCAAAUGCCCGUAAGCUUCGCCUGCUGCACAUGUUGGACCAGUUCAAGCAAAUUGAAGACCUCUUCCUCACAUUUGCCAAGAAGGCAUCCGCCUUCAACAGCUGGUUUGAGAAUGCUGAGGAAGACUUGACUGACCCUGUGCGGUGCAACUCUGUGGAAGAGAUUCGUGCCUUGCGAGAGGCUCAUGCACAGUUUCAGAACUCCUUGGGCUCAGCACAGGCAGAUUUUGAAGCCCUUGCUGCCCUGGACCGACAAAUAAAGAGCUUCAAUGUUGGACCAAACCCUUACACAUGGUUCACCAUGGAGGCUUUGGAGGAUACGUGGCGUAACCUACAGAAGAUCAUCAAGGAACGUGAUAUCGAGCUUUCAAAGGAGGCCCAGCGCCAAGAAGACAAUGACCACCUUCGUAGAGAGUUUGCCAAGCAUGCUAAUGCAUUACACCAGUGGCUUACAGACACACGGAUGUGGCUGCUAGAUGGGUCUUCAAUGAUGGAAGGAUCGGGUUCACUGGAAGCACAGCUGGAAGCAACAAAGCGUAAGGCUGCUGAGGUUCGUGGCAAACGUGGUGACCUGAAGCGCAUUGAGGACCUGGGAGCUCUGCUAGAGGAGCAGCUGAUUCUUGACAACCGGUACACCGAGCACGGCACCGUGGGACUGGCCCAGCAGUGGGACCAGCUUGACCAGCUUGGAAUGCGCAUGCAGCACAACCUGGAGCAGCAAAUACAAGCGAGAAAUCAAAGUGGUGUUACAGAAGAUGCCCUCAAGGAGUUCAGCAUGAUGUUCAAGCACUUUGACAAAGACAAGAGUGGACGGUUGAACCAUGUGGAGUUCAAGUCAUGUUUACGUGCUUUGGGCUACGACCUGCCCAUGGUGGAAGAGGGCCAGCCAGACCCCGAGUUUGAGGCCAUCCUUGACCAGGUGGAUCCCAACAGAGAUGGCCAAGUCUCUCUCCAGGAAUACAUGGCGUUUAUGAUCUCAAGAGAAACUGAGAAUGUGCGGUCCUCUGAGGAGAUUGAGAAUGCCUUCCGUGCCAUCACCUCUGGCGAGCGGCCAUAUGUCACUGCCGACGAGCUCUACGCAAACCUUACCAAGGACAUGGCCGACUACUGUGUGUCCCGUAUGAAACCCUAUGUGGAUCCAAAGAGUGGCAGAUCCAUCUCCGGCGCCUAUGACUAUAUCGAGUUCACCCGCACUUUGUUCCAGAACUAAGCACUGCCUUUUAUGUGUUUCCCACAUUUGUCUUUAGAUGGAGCUGUGCUUCUGAUUAUGCUAGCAACAAGCUCUGGCCUAGAGUACAGAAGACAGAAUAAAAAUACCUGCCUCAACUGCCUUUUUAAAGACUGUUUCACAGAAAGUUCAUUCAGCUUCUUAUUUGUUCUUAUUUCUCUACAGGGUUCACCAGAUGUGUAAACCAUUUUUUUUAUAUAUAUAUAUUAUGAAAGCAGCUUUUUCACUAGUAUAGUGUCAGGUCCUAGGUGUACUGCAUAUAUUUCUUUUUUUAGUUGCAUAGGUGGGUACUGUGCUUUUAUUUUGCUUUUUAAACCUUUUAAUUUCAUGCCGCAUUUUGGAAAGUGGUGACAUGCUUGUGGCUCUGGCAGCUAUCAGAAGUAGCAUUAUCUGUUGGUAUUUAUGUGUAACAGGCCUUUAAUAAAGCAAGCUAUGUUUUAUUGGAA